UGUUGUCUGUAAACUUUCUUGAUGGUGCCGUUUGACGAUAGCAAAUGUUUUCCAUUUGUAGUUAUAUUUUUGAGCACAGAAACAAUGAGUUUAAUGUGAUUUCCCUAAUCAGAGAAGACAUUCAUUAACGUUUUGUGAAACUACUACUCACUGUGUUAGAUUUUUAGCCAGCCGCCAGAUUAGUUUCAUCAAACUGACAUAUUGAUUAUUGAUUAGAUGAGAAAAUCACCGACAUCCAUUUUUAAAUUUUGUUUUACAGUUUGGAUCUGCUAGUUCUGAACUAACAGUCCUAUAAGAAAGAAGUAAACAUGAAAAAUGUGAAAAAAUGAGUGAAAUUAUUAAAAGUGCGCAGUGAGACAUCUAUUCAAGUCUUUAAAUUUAAUUAAAUUGGCUAUCCUUUACAAAAACAAUUAAAAAAACACCAAUGUGUCCAUCAUUUUUUGUGGAUACUACUAUAGCAACAUAUUGCCAGAUUAAAUAAUUAAUAUUGUUCUACAGUUUUAAUUUAGUUUCAAUGUGAAAUUCAAAUGACAAACUUGAUUACACAGAAAUACCUUCAUAUUUUUGAAACAACAUUUUUAAUGGUGUACUUUUGCAAUCUAAUAUCAAUCCAAACACUGAACACUAUCCGUGGAUCAAAAACCUGACAUCAUGCCAAAUUCUUCAGGUUUUUGUUUUUUUGUCCAUCUUGUGUACAUAGAACAGUUUUUUUAAGUCCUUUGAUAAUAAUCUGUGCUAAUAAAUACUAAAAUGCAUCUAAAUUUCUAAAAUUUUAGUUAUAAUUUGUUAGGUGUCAAGGAUGUGGACGUUGAAGGUGGUCGGCCUGGGAGCUGUCGCCGUCUCUCUCAGUGUGGAACUUCUCAGGCUUUUCAUUCACUUCAGGGCUAAAAGAGCCAUUAACAAGGUCCUCUUCUUCCCUUCUGAAGUCACCUGUGUGGAGCACUUCUUCAGUCCCCUUUCAACUCAUUCCUGUUUGUGCCCGCUGCCUCAUGGUGUAGAGACAUCUUUCUCUCGUCUUCUUCACUACAUCCUGUCUGCCUCCUCCUCCCUCAACGUGUGUGUCUUCUCCUUCUCCGAAGUGAACCUGAGUAGGGCCCUACUGCUGCUGCAUAGCAGGGGCAUAACCAUCCGAGUCCUCACUGACAGAGAUUACUCUGCCAUCAAUGGCACCCAGAUAGGGGUCCUGCGUAAAGCUGGGAUCUGUGUGCGGUGUGAUCGGACAUCUGUUCACAUGCAUCACAAGUUUGCAGUGGUGGAUGAGCGGCUGCUCAUCACAGGCUCCCUCAACUGGACGCAGACAGCAGUGCAGAGGAACAAGGAGAACAUUCUCAUCACUGAGGACCCAGAGUUGGUGCAGCCCUUCGUCAAAGAGUUCCAGCGCUUGUGGCUGAACAAUAAUCCAACUCAACUCAACUAGAAGCAGUGAUUGAAUAUUAUUUUCAGAAAUUGAGAGUUUGUGAUGUUUCACUGUCAAAUUAACUGGGCCAAUUUGGCCUCAAAACAAGAUUGAUGUUCAUAUUAAGAGGCUGGGUUAACCUUUAGUUCAGGAGGACAACGUUAUGUCAAAACAGCUAUGUUACAAUAGAAAUUCAUUGGUUGUUAUUGUUGUUUACUGUGUGAGUCCAUGGGCCUGAUAAUUCUCCAGUAUGUGAUUUAUCAGGCAGACUGGCAUUUUAGAGUUCUGUAAAGCACUAUUGAUGUUUUGUUGGCUGUUGGUUUUAACAAUAAAUAAUUUAACACAA